AUGGCCUACGAAAAAUCAAUUGAUAUCUUUGAGAUCUGCAGGUCAAUGUUCAAGUACCCAUGGCUGGAGUAUCCAGACCGGAACAAAGAACUCAAAAAAGCCUGGGCACCCGUUUACCUGCCUUUGUCCUGCUACCAGAUGCCAAAGGAAGAGUUUCCCCCAAGUCCAGAGUGCUGGAGGCAGCACCCGAGCAAGCCAAAGUCGGUCCCUUACUGCUACACCAAUAAGCCUGAGCUCUAUACGCACUGGCACACCCUGUAUGAUCAGCAACAUGAACGCGAGGCCCAGAAGAUGUUGCAGAAAACGAGACAUCACUCCAGGCACCUCAAAGAUGGUACUGCCAUCCAAAAAUUCCAACUCCCCAUGAUCAAGUUGACUAUAAAAUCUCAGAAGAGAUCCAAGCCUUUACACCCUACUAGGGACCCCCUGAAGUGGCAAAGAUUAAAGGAACUCACAAAAAGCCUGCAAUCUCCCAGAGAGGAUGAGCAAUUCUAUGCGGCACAGGCUCUAGGGUGCCUGGGCGUCAGUGACAAGUCUGUCAUAGAGGCACUGCUGCAGGUGGCACAAACUGGUCCAGAGAAAGUUAAGUAUGAGGCCUAUAGAACCCUGGCCAUCCUGGGUUGUCUCAAUAAGGAGGUGAUCCAGUCUCUCACCAAGCAGUUGAAGGGGCAAAACGAGGAGCAAAGGAUGGAUACUCUGAGGGGACUACGAAUAGCUCUGAACUCCUGGGCUGCUGUCCCCAAAGACAAGAGGACUCAAGUUGGGGAUGAAGGGACACUGGUGUCUGUGCUGCAGAUGCUGAUACAGAAGUCAUCAAGUGAAGCAGCCGUGGAGGCAGCCCUGUGCUUAGGUUUCCUGAGGCCCUGCAGCAACACAGCCCGAGAGUUCUUGCUGCAGUGCCUGUACCACAGGCCCAUGACCCAGAGGAUGAAGGCACUUAGGAUGCUGGUCAAGAUGAUGCAUGUACACUCAGCUGAGGUCAUCAGGGCCGUCCUAGACCAGCUGUGCCACUCUUGUGUCCUUGAGCACCGCUUUGAAGCCACCCAGAUGCUCAAGACUAUUGGGCUACAACAGAUCCAGGCACAAGGACUGGAGGGACUCAUAUUUGACCUGCUCAGGAGGAAGAUGUAUAAUGAACCCUUCCUCGCUAUGAGGCAGGCUGUGGCUGAAACCGUGGAAGCACUCAAGAUGAAGCCUACAAUGAUGAACUUGGUGGAGGAGCAACUGAUGAACUCAAAAGCCACUGCACGCCAGGAAGCAGUAAUCUCUUUGGGAGUCCUGGGGAUCCGCAGCCCACAAGUGUUCCACCUGCUCCUGGACAUGCUAGACACGGAAAAGAACCUGUCUGUGAAGAAGAGUCUACAAGAAACAUUCAUUCUUUUGGCCUCAAUUGAUCCCUGGAUCCAAAGCAAACUGAAAAACAAGGUUAUCUUUGUAUGUGAGGCACCUAAGACCAACAAGAAGGCAGAGCCUACAAGGUUCAAGGAAAACCAUGAUGAGAACCUAGAAGAGUUAAAUAUCCAAGACUUUCGACUUGUACAGCUGAACCCCUUAUUUGUUGCAAAGGCCAGUGCCACAUUAGACCAACAGAAAAAGUUGAGUGCCCAGAAACGGUCUGCCUGCUACCUCACCUCUGUCCUCUCUCCAUUUCUCUAA